GAGCAACGCCGCGGUGACGGCCCGCCUUCUGUACAAGACGCGUCUCUGCAUCUACCAUGCGAUGGGAAACUGUGCCCGGGGGGAGGAUCUGCGGUGGUCAUCUAUGCGCCACGGCCGAGCCCGACCAUGGCCAUGCUGAGCGCUCGAUGUGGUAUACACCCUACUUCGCGGAUCGGUGCCAGGAAGGCGUAUGCACCACGCCAGAGCCCAGGAUGGCCCUGGCCAGGCACGGUGGCGGCGGUGCAUGGACGACCUCUGCGCAGAGGACUGCUGCUUCGCCCACGGCAGGGCCGACGUGCGCACGGCCCCGGACUUUUCGUACACCCAGCUGUGCAGGAGAUUCACGACGACCGGGACGUGCCCGCAGGGCGCCGCGUGCCAGUUCGCCCACGCGCGGGGGCAGCUGGUGCGCUGGGCGCGGCACGGCGAGGUCGGCGCGCAGGGUGGCGCGCAGCGGCACGACCCGCCGAGGGCUGCCCAGCGCCGGCGGCAGCAGGAGCCCCAGCCCCGGGUGGCGCGUGCCCUGGAGGGCCGCCAGGCGGGCGACCGACCAGAGAGCGGGGCCGACUGCGCCGACACUGGCGCGUAGGCUGCCCGCGUCAGGCCGC